GUGGACAAUGCUAAAAUUCGUAACGAAACCAUAAAGUAACGAACUGUUAUCGUAGUUAUCCCAUACAAAUGCGUAGACAAGCUGCACUCUUGUGUUCACCUUCGCUUCGGUCGCGAUCGCCAAAAAAGAUAACGAAACGUUGUAGUUAGGUAUUGAAAAAGUAUUGAAACAAUAUGGCCGCAUGGCGCAUUUCAUUCAUCAGCUGACAGCUGAUACUGUGGCGCGUGGCGGACAGCUUAGAGAGAGGAUUUAUUAAUUAUAAAUUUCAUUUGUGCUUUUGUGGUAUUAAUCUUUGUAGUUAAUAUGCAUUCUUUGCGUUUAUUGUGGGCUGCACACAAUGAAAACACCUGGGAGAGGCGCCAAAAGCGUUUCCAAAUGCGAAGGCAAAUAGAGGCAAUUGAAUUUGUUUAUUCAACAUUUUAGGCUAAAUAAAAAGACGUUCGCAAAAUUGUCUACUGAUUUAAGGCGUCAUGCUGGAUUGAGAGGUUCCCCUGAAAUUCCUGUAGAAAUAAAGGUGCUAUGUGCUCUUAGCUUUUUAGCUACUGGGUCAUACCAAAAAAUUGUGGGUGUGGGUCAGUAUUUCACCCAGCGUACGACAAGUCGCUGCAUUAGGGAAGUUGUGAACGCCCUUAAUCACAGUUGGAUGGUUAGCAGGUGGAUAAUGUUUCCACAAACACCAAAUGAGAGGUGUUUAAUCAAAGAGAAAUUUCAAAGGACUCAUAAUUUGCCUGGAGUGAUAGGGUGCAUUGACUGUACCCAUAUUGCUAUCACUAAACCAAUUCAUGAUGAACAUAUGUUUUUUAAUAGAAAAGGAUAUCAUUCAUUAAAUGUUCAAAUGAUUUGUGAUUUUGACUUACGCAUAAUAAGUGUUAAUGCAAAAUUUGGUGGAGCUACACAUGACUUCCACAUAUGGUCUGCGAGUCACAUGGGCACAUACAUGCAAGGGCUUCACGAAAGUGGUGAACACGUUUGGUUAUUAGGAGAUUCUGGUUACCCACAGCGACCAUGGUUAAUGACGCCAAUAUUAAAUGCUGAACCAGGAUCCCAGGAAGAGGUGUACACACGACGUCAUGUCCAAGCCAGAUCUCGCAUUGAGCGCUGUUUCGGAUUACUUAAGGCACGUUGGCGGUGUAUGCUUCGACACAGAGUUCUUCACUAUCACCCUUACAUGGCUAGCAGAAUCACUAAUGCAUGUUGUGUGCUACACAACAUCGCAUUAGCUGCUAAAAUACCACCUCCAAGUGAUUUGCCAGCCGGGGGUCUAGAAAGUAGUGAAGAUCAUGCUGUACAACAUAGUACCUCCACCAAUGAUAACCAAAAUGAGUUAAUCCGAGGGAGAGUUAGGGUCUCAGCACACAUAUGGGAUCGGAAAGGGAUCGUAACCGUAUCGCCUCGAGCCGUUCAGAAUGGUUUGUAUUAAACUCCCUACUGCAACGCACACUAAUCGGAAUAGUAACGUAAUCGCCUCCCCUCGGAACAGGCUCCGAACUUGCAAUUCCAGCGCUAACGGCUCAUCGUCCCCGCGCUUACGUCUCUCCGUCCCCGCGCUUAUGUCUCUGCCUGCUACGACUUGCCGUACUUUGCAGUUUGCCGUUUUUAGGCGUAACGCCGGUGUCGCCUAGCCGUAGCCGAGUUGACGUACAGGCGCUGCUGAUACGCUUUCGUCACGUGCAUACGGUAGGUUGACGCCUGGUUGACAGCGAGGCGAAAGGCGUUACGGUUACGAUCCCUUUCCGAUCCCAUAUGUGUGCUGAGACCUUUAUGCGCAAUUUCUUAGUUAGUAGGAUGUAAUUGUUAAAUAAAUAAAAUUAAUAUUAACUGA